GUUACCCACAGCCAACCACCAUCUGGAAGCAGACGACCCUCCUACCGACAUAUCGCCAGAAGUGUCCAUCCAGGGCUCUUGUUAGAGUCAAAUAUUGAAAGUGAAGACGAUCGGGAUGCACUUGGCCCAGGCUGCGGCGGCGGUGUCAGGACCGAGCCACAGCGCAUGCGCAGAGCAUCAUCGGGUGUUCCUCUGCAGAGCGAGACCUUGCAGAAUUUCAGCUCUGGGCCGGGACAGGAGAGACACAGCAGAUUUACUGAGGCGUAACCGGCAAAUGUGGAUUGUGUGAAUUUAAGUUGUACAACAGGAGGACUCGAUACACAAUUUGAAGAAGAAGAAGGGAGGAGAAGGAAGAAGGAGAAGGUGAAGGAAGAGGGAGGAAGAGGAGGAGAAGGAGAAGAUUUAUUGAAAUGGAAGAUGCAAAGGCUUAGGGAGGUUAAAGAACUUGCUCAAGAUCACGUGACUGACAAAUAGCUUAGUCUGGAUUUGAACUCCCACGGUGUGAGCCUAAGCAAACGAUGGGAACUUCAUGAGAUGGGGACUGUUCCAAGUUCAGUCCUGGAAGGUGCACAAGUAUGUUAUUUUUAGAAAAGGAACAACAACAAAAAAGAAAUGAAGAAAGAGAUUGCAGGUUUUGAUAUAACUCAACAGCCACUAAAGAUUGGACGCUGGCCCAGAACACCAGAAAAAUCUCCAUUUUGACAGGUCAUGCAUUCAAUCAGUCAAUAAAUAUCAGGUAUGUACUGUGCGCUGGAUACAAAAGCAAGCCAUUGACCCUAUUCUCCAGAAAUGUACUCAUUGCAAAAUUGAUUUCUUUAUAUGUCCUCUGUUCCAGAAAGCUUUUGGGUGACUGGGAGCUCCUUCUGAGCCAAAUUUCUGUUUCUGAUACACUAGGCAAUGGCAUGUCAUGGAAGGUCACUGGAGGCAGUGGGGAUGGCAGACAUGGAGCUGAGCAGUCUUGCGGUCUUUUGUUUAAGGGGUAGUUCUUGGGAUAUGGAGAAAUAGACCUAGUUCCCUUUCUUCAGGCAGCUGAGAACAGUGACUAUUGAAAUUUACUUGGUUCUGUAGAGUAAGAGCCCUUUACUUAGACUUUUAGAACCCAGAGAGGGUUUGGGAUUAUGGUUAUAAACUAAAGGGGAUUCUAAUUACUUACCGCUUUUGGGGUGUGUGUGUGUGUGUGUGUGUGUGUGUUCAUUCGUUUAUUUUUUUAAAAAAGAUAAAACUAAAAACCAAACAUCCCUGCCUUCAAGGAGCAUCCAUUCAUUUUUGACAUAGUAGCGCCUAAUGCAGGAGCUAUAUUCCUUGGGAAAACUAUUUCAGGCUUCUUUACAGAUUUGGUUUCUCUGGAUUGAAGGAUUCCAGAAAAGUGUGGGCUUUGUACAAGAGCCCAACAGGCCUUUUCAAGGUCCACUGGACUAGCCAUUGUGUUGCAACUGAGUUUUAGGGCCAGAAUCAAGAGCUCUUCUUUAAAAAAAAUUUUUUGAGAACUUGCUUUGUCUGAAAUAGACACUACUACAAGGGCAUAGUACCUGGAAUACAAUAGAAGUCCAAUGAGUAUCUUUUGAAAAAAAUGCAGGGAUGGUUAAUUCUUGGUCCCAAUCUCAAUGAAAUUUGAAAUCUAGUGUUGUAAGCAGACAUUGACUUUCAGCGAAUCAUUUAAUCAACAAAUAUUAAGUGUCUGUUACUGACAGGCACUUUCCUGGAUUCUAGGCGACAAGGUUAUGGUUACGGUGAGAACAGGAUCGCCAGGUUGAAACCUCAGUGUCAUAGUAAUAACAGUCAUAGAUAACUGUUGUUCAGCGCUCAUUACGUACCAGCAACCAUGCUAAGUGAUUUAUGUAAUUCUUACUGAUUUCCCAUGACACUCCUGGGUGGUAUUGUUAUACUAUCUUAAUGAUUACUUUAUCUGAGAAAACCGAGUCUUGGAGAGGUGAAGCAACUUGCCCAGAGUCAUAAAGCAAAGAAGUGGUACAGCCAGGAUUUUAGUCUUUGUGGGACUCGCGCAUUCCUAAUGGCUUUUAACCUAAAGGUUCAUUGUCAUUAAAUGUCAUUGUCAUUAAAAAGUCGCCUAAUAUUCUUUCACUGAAAUGAUUUUGUAGGAGAAAUGAACAACACUUCAGCUGAUGGUUGCUCUUGCUGAGGCUUAUUAAUAUGGGAUUCCUGGUCAGUCCCUGAACUAAAUGAAAUCGUGGGAGCAAGAAUGGGAAAAGCCCAGGGGGAGUCCUGGGGCUGGGCAGUCGGGAAGUUUCCAAAGCCCAAGCCGCCGCCGCCGCCGCCUUGGACAGGACCAGCAAGGACAGUGGAGAUUAGAAAAGCACUUGGGAGGCACAUUCAUCUUGCCGGCGUUGUCAGGAGUGAUCAGCGAGUUUUAUUAAACGCCCUGGGAUUGCCUGAAAAGCCUCCUUGUCUGGGUUUGAAAUGAAAGGGGCAUGUUAGGAUCUUGGGGCACAUUGUCGGGACCCCUUGCCCUGCUGCCCCUUGGACUAUGAGCUAACAUCUCUGGAGGAAGCACAGAAGCCCUGUUUUGUUGAAGGGAUUUCGCCGGUGGACAAACGGAGUUGGCCCCUGACGGCAUGAGCGCUCCGACCUGGGGUGGGCCCGGGGCUUUGCCCCUGCUGUUGCUCCUAGGCUGGGCCGGUGCGACCUUCAUCAGCCUUAAUCGUGGGCUCAGGCUGCUGAAGGGCAGCUCUGCCUUCCUGUCGGGAGAUGACCUGAAGUUUGCCAUCCCCAAAGAAAAAGAUGCUUGCAAAGUGGAAGUUGUGAUGAACGAGCCAAUGACUCAAAGGGUUGGGAAACUCACCCCACAGGUCUUUGACUGCCAUUUCCUUCCCAAUGAAGUAAAGUAUAUUCACAAUGGUUGCCCAAUUCUUGAUGAAGAUGCGGUGAAGCUUAGACUGUACAGAUUUACUGAGACAGAUACCUUCACGGAAACCUUUAUCCUGCGGGUCUAUCUCCUGGAACCCGACUGUAACAUCAUCCGUAGGAGUAACAAUGUCCUGGAGGUGUCUGAAUUCUAUGGCUUGUCCAGAGCCAUUGAUAAGAACCUGCUCAGAUUUGAUUACGAGAGGACAGCCGGCCUGGAGUGUACGGUCAGGCUGGAUCCUGUGGGAAGCCGGCUGCCAGCCCAUGGUCAGAUGGUCCUGCUGGAGCCUCGGCCAGAAAAACCUCGUGGCGAUCAGCCACACAGUUUUUUCCCUGAGUCUCAACUGGGAACAGAGCUGAGGUGUCCAGGUGGAAGCUGUGCCCUGGGACUGAAGAAAAUGGGAAGUGUCAACGUGAGCUGUGAGGAGUUCUUGCUGAUGGGUCUUCGUUAUCAACACACGGAUCCCCCUUCUCCCAACAUUGACUACAUCUCUAUCCAGCUGGACCUCACAGAUGGCAGGAGCAAAAUUGUAUACAAGUCAGAGAGUGCGUGGUUGCCCGUCUAUAUCAGAGCUGGCUUUCCUAAUCAGAUUCCAAGGGCCGCGUUCAUGGCCAUGUUUAUUCUGGAAGUGGAUCAGUUUAUCCUGACCUCCUUGACUACAUCCGUCCUGGACUGUGAAGAGGAUGAGACCCCUAAGCCCUUGCUGGUGUUCAACGUUACGAAAGCCCCACCCCAGGGCUACGUGACUCAUCUGUGGGAUCACACCAGACCCGUCUCCUCGUUCACCUGGAAAGAUCUGAGUGACAUGCAGAUAGCCUACCAGCCACCGAACAGCAGCUAUUCUGCACGGAGACAUUACGAGGUGGAGGUGGAGGUUUAUGAUUUCUUCUUCGAAAGGAGUGCACCUAUCACCGUCCACAUCUCCAUCAGAACAGCGGAUACAAAUGCCCCCCGAGUGUCCUGGAACACAGGUCUGAGUCUUCUAGAGGGGCAGUCUCGGGCCAUCACUUGGGAACAGUUUCAGAUUGUCGACAAUGAUGACAUCCAUGCUGUCCAGCUGGUCACCGUGGGCGGCCUGCAGCAUGGACGGCUUACACUAAGAGGCGGGAAAGGAUUUCUCUUCACUGUGGCUGACCUUCAGGCUGGAGUUGUUCGCUAUCAUCAUGACGACAGUGACUCCACCAAAGACUUCGUGAUCUUCAGGAUAUUUGAUGGCCAUCACAGCAUCCGCCAUAAGUUUCCCAUCAACAUCUUGCCCAAAGAUGACAGUCCCCCAUUCCUCAUAAGCAACAUUGUGAUUGAACUGGAGGAGGGGCAGACCAUACUGAUCCAGGGUUCCAUGCUGAGAGCAUCAGACAUGGACUCCAGUGAUGACUACAUCUUCUUUAAUAUCACAAAACCUCCUCAGGCUGGAGAGAUCAUGAAGAAGCCAGGGCCAGGGCUGAUAGGCUAUCCUGUCCCUGGCUUCCUUCAGAGGGAUCUAUUUAAUGGCAUCAUUUAUUAUCGUCACUUUGGUGGAGAGAUCUUUGAAGACUUUUUUGAAUUUGUCCUGUGGGAUAGCCAUGAACCUCCAAAUCUCUCAGUGCCACAGGUGGUGACCAUCCAUAUCACUCCAGUGGAUGACCAGCUUCCAAAAGAGGCUCCUGGAGUUUCUCGGCAUUUGGUUGUCAAGGAAACUGAGGUGGCCUACAUAACUAAGAAACAUCUACAUUAUAUAGAUACAGAAUAUGACAGGGAGCUUCUCUACACGAUAACGACACCUCCAUUUUUCUCUUUCGGCCACAGACAUCUGGAUGCUGGGAAAUUGUUUAUGGUCGAUAGCAUUCCAAAGCUGACCAAAAAUCCUGCAGCCCCGGGGCUGAGAUCAUUCACUCAGCAUGCUGUGAACCACAUGAAAGUGGCCUACAUGCCACCCAUGAGAGAUAUAGGCCUCCAUCCGGGACAUGUCCAGUUUGCCUUUUCCAUCAGUAACCAACAUGGUGGCACUUUGCAUGGGAUCUGCUUUAACAUUACAAUUCUUCCAGUGGACAAUCAAGUUCCUGAGGUGUUUACCAAUGCCCUGAGAGUGACUGAGGGAGGUCAAUGUGUCAUCAGCACAGAGAACAUUCUGGUUUCUGAUGUGGAUACCGAACUGGACAACAUCUGCCUCUCCCUGCAAAGAUUGCCUCAGUGUGGAAGGGUGGAGCUGGAUGGAUUUCCUCUAAACACAGGAGGCACAUUUUCUUGGGGAGACCUCCGUGCCUUAAAAGUUAGGUAUCAGCAUGAUGGAUCUGAGAGACUUCAGGAUGACAUAUUCUUGGAGGUCACAGAUGGCACGAAUUCAGCAGAAUUUGUUCUACAUGUUGAGGUGUUCCCUGUAAAUGAUGAGCCACCAAUCCUAAAGGCUGACCUCAUCCCCAUGAUGCAUUGCUCAGAGGGCGAAGAGGUGGUCAUCACCUCUGAAUACAUUUUGGCUACUGAUGUGGACAGUGAUGACUUGAAGCUGAUGUUUGUGAUCGCUCGAGAGCCUCAGCAUGGCGUGGUGAGGAAAGCUGGAGUCACAGUGGAUCAGUUCUCUCAGGGAGAUGUCAUCUCAGGGGCUGUGACAUACAAACACACAGGUGGUGAGAUUGGCCUGGUGCCUUGUUUUGAUACCAUUACAUUGGUGGUUUCGGAUGGAGAAGCUGGCCCUUCCGUGAAUGGCUGUUGCUACAACGGGCCUCAUCCAUCUGUUCCUCUUCAUGAGUCCUUUCCAGUGUAUGACCUCAAUAUCACGGUACAUCCAGUGGACAACCAAUCACCUUCAAUUGCAAUAGGUACCAUGUUCGUGGUAGAUGAGGGUUUCUCUGCAGCCAUUACCAUUAACCAUUUGUCCGCCACUGAUCCUGACACUGCAGCAGACGACUUGGAGUUUGUUUUGGCUUCCCCUCCCCAGUUUGGCUACCUUGAAAACACGCUUCCUUCUGCAGGUUUUGAAAAAAGCAAUAUGGGCGUAAGCAUAGGUUCGUUCCAGUGGAAAGACAUGAAAGCAUUGCAUAUUAACUAUGUGCAGGCCAGGCAUCUGAGGAUGGAACCAACAGCUGACCAGUUCAUGGUGUAUGUCACAGAUGGGAAGCGACGCUCCUUGGAGAUACCAUUUUACAUUAUCAUCAACCCCACAAAUGAUGAAGUUCCUGACUUUGUAGUGCAGAAUAUUACUGUGUGUGAGGGUCAGAUGAAAGAACUGGAUUCCUCCAUCAUCAAAGCUGCUGAUCUAGAUGUUCCCAAGGACCCUUUGCUGUUCAGCAUCACUCAUAAACCACGCCAUGGCCUCCUCAUCAAUGGGGUGCUUAGCAAAGACUUUCCUCAAAAUAAGCAGCCUGUCAACCCUGGCCAGAAGCAUGAACUUGUUCAGAACUUUUCCUUGGAACUUCUCAAGAAUGGACUGAAGUUGAUGUAUGUGCAUGAUGACUCAGAGAGCCUUGCUGAUGACUUUACAGUCCAGUUGUCAGAUGGGAAACAUAAGAUAUUAAGAACAAUUUCAGUGGAGAUCACCCCAGUUAAUGAUGAGAAACCAAUGCUGAGCAAGAAGGCUGAAAUGACAGUGAAAAUGGGCGAAACUCGUAUUAUUUCUAGUGCCGUUCUUUCAGCCAUAGAUGAAGACUCACCCAGGGAGAGGAUUUACUAUUUGUUUGAAAGGCUUCCCCAAAAUGGGCAGCUUCAACUCAAGAUAGGGAGGAACUGGAUCCCUCUCUACCCUGGCAUGAAAUGCACUCAGGAGGAAGUGGAUCUGAACUUGCUCAGAUACACACAUACCGGGGCGAUGGAUUCCCAGGACCAAGACAGCUUCACCUUCUACCUCUGGGAUGGUGACAACAGAUCACCAGCAUUUGACUGUCACAUCACCAUCAAGGAUAUGGGAAAAGGUGAUACUGUCAUCCUCGUGAAACCGCUGGUGGUGUCUAAAGGUGACCGGGGUUUCUUGACGACCAGCACUCUCCUUGCUGUGGAUGGAACAGACAAACCCGAGGAACUACUCUAUGUCAUCACCUCCCCUCCGCGCUAUGGCCAGGUUGAGUAUGUCCGCUCUCCUGGAGUCCCCAUUACAAGCUUCAGCCAAAUGGACAUAGCAGGACACACAGUCUGCUAUGUACAUAAGAGCAAGGCAGCUGUCUCCCGUGACACCUUCAGAUUCCUCGUCAGCAAUGGCCUGCAGACCAAACACGGGCUGUUUGAGAUCACACUGGAGACUGUGGACAGAGCCUUACCUGUGGUGACCAGGAACAGGGGGCUGAGACUGGCCGAAGGCGCCACGGGCCUGCUUUCCCCUGACCUCCUCCAGCUGACCGACCCUGACACCCCAGCGGAGAAGCUCACCUUUGUGUUGGCCCAGCUCCCACAGCACGGCCAGCUUCACCUGCGGGGGACAGAGCUGCUUCGACACAACUUCACUCAGCGGGAUGUGGACAGCAGGGAUGUGGCCUACAGGCACCUGGGAGGGGACUCCCGGGUUGACUGCUUUACCUUUGUGGCCACAGAUGGGACAAACCAAGGCUUUGUCGUGGCUGGGAGAGUGGGCCAAGAGCCUGUGUCGUUCACCAUCCAGGUUGACCAGUUGGACAAAACAGCCCCCUACAUCACACACUUGAAUUCCCCUUCUCAAGUGGGGCUCCUGAAAAAUGGCUGUUACGGGAUUUACCUCACUUCCCACGUGUUGAAGGCAUCAGACCCUGACACCGAUGAUGAUCUGAUCAUCUUUAAGAUUUUACGAGGCCCCCAACAUGGACAUCUGGAGAACACAACAGGUGAAUUUAUCCAUGAGAAAUUUAUCCAAAAGGACUUAAACAGUAAGACCAUUCUUUACAUCAUUAACCCAUCUUUGGAAGUGAAUUCAGAUAUCAUGGAAUUUCAAAUCAUGGACCCCACAGGGAACUCUGCGACUCCUCAAAUUUUGGAAUUGAAGUGGUCUCAUAUUGAAUGGUCACAGACUGAAUAUGAGGUCUGCGAGAAUGUGGGCAUGUUGCCCUUGGAAAUUACCAGAAGGGGAUAUUCCAUGGACUCAGCCUUCGUGAGUGUAAAGGUCAACCAAGUGUCAGCUACAGUUGGAAAAGACUUCAUUCUGACUCCAUCUAAACUGAUUCAGUUUGACCCAGGAAUGUCAACUAAGAUGUGGAAUAUAGCAAUUACCUAUGACGGAUUAGAGGAAGACGAUGAGGCCUUUGAAGUAAUUCUGAACUCCCCUGUGAAUGCGGUUCUUGGCACAAAGACAAAAGCUGCAGUGAAAAUUCUGGACUCAAAAGGAGGGCAGUGCCAUCCUUCAUAUUCCUUCAACCCCAACAAGCACAAUGCACGGAAGAAGGGCAUUUGGCACCUGCUGUCCCCAGGGUCUUCCUCACCCACCACUUCUGGUUCCUUUCAUCUGGAAAGAAGACCCCUUACAUCUAACAAGUGGCCGGCAGUCACUAGGGGAGACACCCGACAGGGCUUUGAGUCUCCAGAUCUUUCUCGUAUGAAGCUUAGGACCCGGGGGAAUGGCAAAACGGUUCUUCCAUCCUCUGUUUAUAGAAAUGGAACCGACAUCAUCUAUAAUUAUCACGGAACGGUUUCCCUGACACUGGAGGAGGACGGCUCUCCAUCUCACCAACGGAAGGCCAAAGUAUCCAUUAUUCGUCAGUUACCAAAGACAAGCAGAGAGGCAGAGCUGCCUCAGGCAGAUAAGGACCCGCUGCCCUCAUUUCCAAAGAACUGCACACUGGAAUUAAAGGGACUUUUCCAUUUCCAAGAAAGCCUCCGAAAGCUGUACAAAUGUGAUGGAGUUACGUGGAAAGCUUGGAGCUCCCAAAGCGAGGAGGUGGAACGUAAAUCCUGCCCAGCUGGUUGGCACCAUCACUCAGGCUACUGCCACUCCCUGAUCACAGAGCAGAAAGCCUCCUGGAACACAGCUGCCCGAGCUUGCAAGGAACAUCACCUGGGCAGCCUCGUAACAGUUCUCUCUAGACGGCACAUGCGAUGGCUCUGGGAAAUCAGUGGAGGGAAACCCUUCUGGAUAGGUUUGAAUGACCGAGUGCGUGCUGGCCGCUGGGAGUGGAUCGGCGGGGAACCUGUCACCUUCACCACCUGGAGGAAAGGGCCCCCUCAACGUUUAAAGCAUGGCAAGAACUGCGUUUUGGCUCGGAGACAAGGGAAAUGGCAAACACAGGACUGUGGGAAGGGCAAGGCUCACAAUUACAUGUGCUCCAGGAAACUCUAAACGUAACUGGCCUCCAGGUGCCCACCUGGGAUUUCUCACCUAUUUAUUCACAGGAUUUGUGCAUAUUGUUCAAUACAAACCAAGGGGUCAUGACUGACUUAGUACGUUUUUUUUUAUCAUAGUAUAUGAGUGAUUCUAUCUAGUAAAAAAGGAACAUUGAAGAAUAGUUCCAGGAAGAUUGGUCAAUGAGCAUUUUUUCAGGAAGAGAUACAAUUCUUACAUCUCAGUAGCUUUCAAAACAAAUACCUGAAGUAUUAUAUGGUACAAGAUGUGCUUACUCCUACCCUGACCCCACUCUGUAUCUGAGUUCAUACCAAGUUCAUGGUCCUUGGAUUUGUUUUGUCCCAAGACCUCAAGUUUUUGUCCCAUUCUGAAAUCUGUCCUGCAGGUGUGUGUACCACUUCAGUCUGAAGAAAGCUAACCCUCCCAGCUCAUUAAAUCACAGCUGAACAGCAAAGGGUCACUUUGUCCCUUUGGAGACCUUUCGAAUUGAAACCUGAGAUAAGAG